UCCCAGAAUGCAUCAUUCUUUUCGGCGCGAAACUUGAGUUCGUCUUCCGAUCAGUUUAAAUGGAAGACAUCAAACAACGAUACAUCGUAUAAAAUAUCUCAAGCAUCACGGAAAAUAGAGAUAAUCUGAGUGACGUAGGAGUAAAUCAUCAGCUUAUAACACAGAUAUUUAUUUAUAUUUGUGUUUAUUAAUGGCAGAGACAUCGCCGAAUUGGAAGAAACCUUCGGAGGUGAUGAAGUUGAGAAGGAAGAAAAAACGGUUAUUAGAAAAUGAGAAUUCUUCAUUAAGGAAAAGAUUAAAGCUGGAUGAUUUAUCUAACAGAAACGACCAGAUUUCACCUUGUGCCAGUCUUUCUUCGUUCUAUCAACAUAAGAAUCCUUUUAGAAGAAAUCAUUCCACACCAGUUCGAACCAUUUCUUCGACAACGGAAGAAAUUCGACCGAAAACAAAUUCUAUUCGACUUUUCGAUACUUUAGAUACUUCUGAGACAAAUAAUGUUAAAGAUUUCAGAAGCAAAACUACCGACCAUGGCAUUCACCAUUUACUUUCCAAAGAUUCCUGCAAAGCGAAGAGAAAUGAAGACUGUGCUGAACGGGUGUCCGAUGUUUCAAAUGUAACUAAAAAGGAAGAUUUUUGUCAAGAUAUACCUUUUGAUUGGAGUUUAAAACUGAAGAUGCGGUUUAUUUCUUUGUCUUUUGAUUGGUGCAAGAAUUUAAGGAGCUCCGAAGAAGCUGAAGGUGUGAGCAAUUAUUUAGCAAGUCAACUUCCUGAAACGACGCCCUCUGCAAAUUUGAAGAAACUUCCAGAGAAUUCCUGGCGAUCCCAUUUUCACAGAGAGACUUUGUAUUGGGUUCACCCAAAUCUUCCCUGGGUGAAAUUAUUCCCAAGAAUUACUCACGAAAAAUCUUCGAACAGCAUCAAUCUUGGAGAUCAAGUAUACUCAUCGCUGUUAUCUGAUUGGUCGGAGAGUUUCCUGUCGGCGUUCGGUCAGUUACGGUCGGGCUAUUGCCCUUACCUGUACGUCUGUACCCACCAGUUCACUGUGCUCUUCAAAAGGAUGAAGACUUCAAAGAAUGACUCCACCCUCUCAGCAGUUCUUACUCCGACAACUCGAGGACUCAGGGAAGCUCUCAAAAAGGAAGGGAUUGAAUUCAAGAUGCCGUGUAAUCCAAAAGGCACUGAAAGGACCUCCCUGGAAUCUGAAGACUCCAAUAUCAGUGGGGGUCCAGUAUCUAGAAAUUCUAGCAUCAGUUCACAUAAUUCCUCAGUUGAUGAUGAUGGCGAUGACGACGGUGAUAUUGAUGGUGAAGCUGAUUUAUUUGAAGAGCAAGAGAACAUAGUACCGAGUUCCGAUCCUGAAGAGUUGAAACGGAAUUUCCAGUCAAAUGGAGAAAUAGAGGAGGAGGAAGAAGAUGGCUUCAUAGCAGACGAGGGCGCUGCUGUAUGGUUGGAAAGUAUUGGGCUUGAUAAGAAAAACUUCCCUUCAUUGAAUCCAAACAAAGUCAGACUUCAUCGUGAAGGUUUUAAGCAGAUUGACUGCCGCCCUGAAUCGGUGAUAGUGCUAGACCAAGACGUUGACGUACAAGCACUGUUUAAUUUCCUCCUCAACUGGAGAGCCUGCAUCGCGGCUGUUGGUCCACAACAUGGCAUCCCGCCAACCAUUUUAUCACCAAAUGCUUUCAAAGGGGCUACCUUGAAAUCACUGAAGGUAAAACACAGCACAGCCUUACAGAAGGACCGACAGAAAAUCAGCGUGCUGGAGAUGGCUGGACCGAUCUUGCCCACACAUGUCCAGAGGCUAGUCAAGUUGAUCUGCCAGACACAGGACCAAAACUUCAGCUUAUCUCUUCACACUCAUGAACCAACAUCAGCUCUUAACGUUCGAAUGACGGAUGCUUCCUUGAAUCAGCCUCCCAGCAAAUGCUCAAAUAACAAAGUCGGUUCUGCUUUUUCUUCUACUUCUCUCGUUUCGGCAUUUAAACAUACUGUUUCAGACGUCACUUGUACUCCAGAUGGUUUUGUCUGGUCGAGAUGAUGACUUUUUUUUUUUGUUGAUUUUAAUUUUCUUGUUUGUGUUUUUUAAAUUUUUAAAUUGAUAUCGUUUUUUUUUAAAUUUAAUAUUGAUAUCAGUUUUUUAUUUUUAAUAUCAAUUGAUAUCAAAGGUGACAUGCUGGCAGAAACAUUAGCACACCGGGCGAAAUGCUUGGUGGUAAUUUCAUCUGUCUUUACAUUCUGAGUUCAAAUUCCGCCGAUGUUGACUUUGCCUUUCAUCCUUUAGGGGUCGAUAAAUUAAGUACCCGUUGUGUACUGGGGAUUGAUCUAAUUGACCCCACACACACACAAAAAAAUUAGGGCCUAGAGUAGAAAAGAACGUCAAUUUUUACCCACUUUUUCCUCAAUUUUUAAUAUUGAUUUAAUUUUUAAAAAUUUAAUAUCAAUUGAUAUCAUUUUUUUUUUUUCCCCCCAAUAUUUUAACUUUAUAAAAUCUACAUUGGGUUAUAGAUCGGCACACUCAUUAGAGAAUCAGAGUAAAAUGCUUUGCAGACUUUGUCCCGUCUGUUUAUGUUCUGUGUUCAAAUGUCACCAAAGUCAGCUUAGCCUUUUAUCCUUCUCAAGCAAACAAUUUGACUAAAACUUUCCCCAAGUUUGUGAUUUUUUUUUUUUUUUCUCGUUAGUAAUUAUUAUUAAUAUUAUCUAAGUUUAAAUUCCACUGAUGUCAGCUUUACCUUUCAUCCUUUCGGGGUUGAUAAAACAAGUGCCAGUUGAACACUAGGGUUGAUAUAUUUACCUACCCCCUAUCCUGAACUUGCUGGCCUUGUGUCUGAAUUUGAAAGCAUUAUUAUUAUAUUUGCUGUGGAAUGCAUCAGAUGUUAUUAAGAACACCAGGAAUCUCUUGACUGGUGUUCUUUGGUUGUUUUGCCCUUUAAGGGGCAAUAUUUUGUUUUCCGAAAGAAAUGCUCAUUUGCAUUUUUAAAAAUUACUUGUAAAAGGUGUCAACACCUUCCAAUGGAUAAACGAUGUUUGAGCAAUCUCUUUCUCGGUGUUGGUGUCUUCAAAAAAAAAAAAAUACACUGUGGAGAGACUUUUUGAAGUUUGUAAUAAGAAUCUGCUUUUCCUAACUACAAUAUUUGUUCAAAAUUUUUACCAACAGACAUGGUUGGUAAAAGCUAUCAUUCAGUAUUUUAUAUUACCUAACUCAUUAGUUGCAAGUGAUUUAUGAUUUAUUGUACUUUUUGAGAUGUCUUUUAUUUUCUGAGGUCAGGUUUCAUAUUUCUUUAUCUCAUAAAUCGUGAAAGAUCCAGUGCUAUAUAAAUUCUCGUAGACUUUUUACAAAUGCAUCACUGUCGAGUUUUUGAGUUGGUCUUUUUUCAAAAGUUUGAUUUUGUCUUUAACAAUGUCUUGUAGUGUUGUAGUUUUCUUUAUUCAUUGGAACCAUUGGCUGAGGCUAAAAGGAAACAGGUUAUAAUAAUAAAUAGAACACGACAAAGCCCCCAAAAAAGAAGUCGAUCUUGUAAGUAAUGUUGACCAUAUAAGUCCAACCCAUGCUAGCAUGGAGAGCGGACGUUAAACGAUAAGUAUCAGCAAGUAGCACCAUCUAACUUAAGUGACAGAUUGAUGUAGAAACCUGGAAAAUUUAUGAUAGAAAAUUUUUAUUGAAAUUCGUGUUGGAUUAGCAAUGGACAUCAUGUUUCAAAAGUUCUUUGUUGUUCUCUAAGUAUUGGUGAGUGAGUAAGUUGUGAUGUUGGUACAGGCAAACCAACAACAUACUUUACAUUGAAGGACCACAAGCCAACUUUCAAUACACUGCCCAAAUGUGAACUCAUUAAUCUUGCCAAAAGUCAUUUUGGUAUUGUAAUUAAAACAGUCUUAUAGUAAAUAGUUGGUCUAAAGAAAUCUGGGCAAUGGAAUCUUUUGGAGUGACAGUUUCUGUGUCUGUUGAAAAGUUCCUCAUAUUUUUGUAUUUUCCAGUAUAUGUAGCAUCUCUGAUUGGAAGUUGCUCUGCUUUGGUUAUAACAUUGUAGAUGGCUGGUGAAGGAUGUAAGAAAUAUGUAUAAGCACCUUUUCUUCAUUAAUCUACAUUUUAUUUUAUUUGCCCUGGAUAGACAAUGCAAAACGUUUUAAAUUGACACAACAGAUGUAAUCGAAAAGGCCAUGUUUACCUUCUUUUAAUUUUAAUCAUUGCUAAAUUGCUUACCUCCAUACGACUAAUCUUUGGAAGAUAUAGUGUGUGUUGACAAGGACUGAUUGAAUGCGGCAUUAAUUGUAUCAGUGGGGUCUGUAAUAACGCCUGAAAGAAAAACUUGAUGCUUUGCUAUGAGAU